AUGGCGAUAUCCACCGCCAUCUAUUGGCGUCUCACUUAUCGCUUGGCGACAAUGGCACGAGCUGGGUUGAUAUCGAUUAUAUAUUACCACACGACCGAACUACAUGGUAGUGAUGUAAAAGAUACGUCAGCCCUGACAUUGAUGGGCACCGAUGUGGAACGUAUAGUGGAAAGUCUCAAAUCACUACAUGAAACCUGGGCAUCAAUCAUUGAAGUUGCCGUCGCUCUAUUUCUCUUAGAGCGUCAAAUUUUCCUGGCAUGCCUUGUGCCUGCUUGUAUCUGUUUUGCUUGUGCUUCUGGAGCUGGUCCAGUGUCAACUCGAACAGCACCGGCGCAGAAAGCCUGGGUUGAACGAAUUCAAAUCAGACUUGCGGUGACUUCAGCGUUCUUGGGGAAUAUGAAAGCUGUGAAGAUGCUGGGUCUUAAAGAACCGCUUUUUGGCCUGGUUACAAAGUUGCGAGAGGCAGAAUUGAAAACAUCUUCCCGUUUUCGCAGGCUUCUUGUCUGGACAGUGGAGAGAAGCUUACUGUCUGGAGCCAAUAUUCCAAGCGAUUUUGCUCCGUACGCGACAUUUGCGGCUUAUGCCAUCAUCUCUGUUGCCCGAAACGAUCAAUCACUCUUAGCUUCUCAAGCGUUCACCUCACUCUCUCUUAUUUCAUUGUUAACAGCGCCCCUGUUAGCGUUUGUCCAAGCAGUUCCCGCACUGUUCGAGUCGAAGGGAUGUUUUGAGAGAAUCGAGGUAUACUUGGCCAUCCCAACCGACAACUAUAAAAAUCCUCGGUUGGUAACCAAAGAUAUGAUUGUGGCAAGUCAGCAAAGGGCCAUGGAAUUGACUAGUGGCGAAAUUCAGUCGAAGACUGGGGCUGGUGUGAUAUCAUUCAAGGAUGUCAAUAUAUCAUGGUCUGUUGAUACCGAACCUGUGCUCAAAAACCUCACGUUAGAUAUAAAAAGAGGAAUAACAGUGGUCGUCGGUCCAGUUGGCUCUGGAAAAUCUGCACUCAUUGCGGGCAUUUUGGGGGAAAUAAUACACCAAUAUCGAAUGUUGCUUACUGUCAGCAGACGCCUUGGCUUGUCAACAAUACGAUUGAACACAAUAUCACCGGGGGGGGAGCUUGAUCCCAAGUGGUACGAGUUUUGUGUGUCUGCUUCUGGUUUGGAAGAUGACCUGAAAGCCAUGCCUGGGGGAAGCAUGUAUGUGGCCGGAAGUGAUGGGGUCUCUCUAAGUGGAGGCCAAAAGCAACGUGUGGCUCUUGCGAGAGCGAUCUACUCGAGACUACCCAUCAUUCUCCUAGAUGACCCAUUUAGCGGCUUGGACUCUAGGUGUAUCGGCCACAUCUCUUCAACGCUCUUUGCUCGGGACGGGUACUUCCGGGAAAGUGGGAAAACCGUGAUCCUCGCUACGCAUAAUCGAACGCUGCUUCCAUUUGCCGAUGAAGUGAUUGUUCUCAAUGAUGGCAACGUUGUUGAUAGUGGGACUUCGCAAGAAAUUCUGAUUGCCAAUUCUGAAAUCGCUGUGAAAUCUCUUAUGGAACCGGAGACUGAGCAAUGCGGUACAGGUCAAAUAAUCGACGACCGAAAAGAGAUUUGUGGUGGUACAACUCAAGAAAUCCAGGUCCAAGAUAAAAAUGAUACGAAAAAGCCUGAUUUCUCGCGACGCGAUGGCUCUUGGCAAGUGUACGCAUAUUAUGUUCGGAGCGCAGGCACUUUGGUCGCAUGUCUUUUCAUCGCAUCUUUCAUCGUUUCGACCUUUCUCAGCAAAUUUUCUACUAUUUGGAUUCGAUGGUGGUCCGAUUCAAAUGCGAAAGCGCCGAAUGCCAAGGUUGGCUUCUAUCUCGGGAUAUACACCGCUUUCACUGUUUUGAGCAUCAGUUGCUUCGUACUUGGCUGCUACCUACUUUUCAUCAAUAUCAUAAACGAAACAGCAUUCGGCUUACAUGCAGAUUUAUUGAGAGCUACACUCGAAGCACCUUUCAGCUUUUUUCAAGUGACUGACAGUGGGUCCAUUACAAACAGAUUCAGCCAAGAUAUUGACCUAAUCGACAUGAAACUCCCUGCCUGGGUAGUUAAUACGGUAGCGAACGGCUCUCAAACCAUCAUAAAUCUCGUUAUCUUUUGCGCAGUCGGAAAGUAUAUGGCAGCUUUCUUCCCAGUUCUCAUCCUCGCUUUUUUUUUAAUCCAAUCAUACUACCUCCGGACUUCUCGUCAAAUGCGAUUACUUGAUAUUGAAGCAAAGGCGCCUCUAUAUACUACCUUUACAGAGACACUAAAAGGAGUUGUCACAAUCAAGGCAUUUGGGUGGCAGAAAGCGUUCCUAGCAAACUGCCAGAGGCAACUCAAUGACUCCCAAAAGCCCUUCUACACCCUUCUUUGUAUACAGGAAUGGCUGAACCUUGUGCUGAGCUUAGUGGUAGCUGCCAUGGCAGUCAUACUACUCGCCAUAACAACCUCUUUCAGAGAUAAGUUCAGCGGUGGUGUCAUGGGUGUAGCGUUGAACCUGAUCUUGACAUUAAAUCAAUCUUUGGUACGCACGAUUCAGUCUUGGACUCAACUUGAAACUUCGAUUGGGGCCGUUUCUCGAGUGCAGGCUUUCCAGAAGAAUACGCCAUCGGAGGCAAACAUUCAAUCGCCACAUUCGUCUCCAGUCGAUGAGUGGCUAUCUGAGGGCAGAGUUUCUCUGAAAGAUGUCUCGGUCUUUUACCAUUCUAAAAGAUUUGUCCAUGGAUAUCGACCCGGGGAAGAGAAUUGCAAUUUGCGGGCCGUCAGGGAGUGGGAAAACGACCCUAAUCAUGACGCUUCUCCGAAUGGUCGAAAUCAAAAUGGUCAUGUCUUGAUAGAUGGGAAAAAUCUAGCCUCGCUCGAACCAAACGAUAUUCGCAUACGAUUGAACGUUAUACCUCAGGAGCCGUUCUUUGUGCCCGGCAAAUUGAGAUUCAAUCUGGAUUUUCAUGGAAAAUUCUCUGAUGAAAAUAUUGAAUCUGCCAUUAGAAAAGUUGGACUGUGGAAAAGGGUCAGCGCUGGCGGUGGUCUUGACAUGCCUAUGAUAGUGUCUGAUUGGUCUGCCGGCGAAAAACAGCUACUGGCAUUGGCCAGAGCAUUGAACAUUCAGAGCCCCAUUCUAAUUCUAGAUGAGGCAACCAGCAGGUACGAUUUCUUCUUUCAGCCUGAUAACCAUUUGGGUAAAAUCAUCACACUGAUGUUUGUGCGUCAUAGUGUCGACUGGGAAACAGAGUCAACAAUGCAAAGAGUAAUUGACGCCGAAUUCACCAAGCAGACAAUCAUUGCUGUUGUGCAUAGACACCGAUUUAUUGAUCGAUAUGACCGAGUGGCUCUGCUCAAAAGCGGGGAGCUCAUCGAAUACGACGACCCCUUCAGUCUGUUGAGACGCCGUGGGCAUGGCAUCGCAGACGCAGAACGUGACGAGGGAUUCUACGCUUUUUACAUAUUCGCCGGUAUCAACUUCUUGCUUGCAAUUUUCGUUUGCUUCUUUAUUCCGGGGACUAAGCAGGUUCCUCUUGAGGAGAUCGAUACAUUGUUUGGCGGUGCCAACCACGUUGCGCAGGGUCAGGAGAUUCUGGCGCAGCAGAAGGGGGCUCAACUGGAGUGGGAAGGGGAUGAGAAGCCUAGUGCUGUUACUGUGGAUAAUGUUCGGAAGUAG